AUGCAAUGGUUUAAGCGAAGCAAGCAGGCGUUGAGCGCCGAUGAGCUCCUUUCGCAACUACAGGACGACCAGCAACUCACCUUUGCGCAGUUCGCCGUGAUUGUGAAGCCCUUCUCAGCUCGAGACGCCCAUGAGUGCACCAUGGCAUUCCGAAUUCUGCACACCAUUAACGCCAAUCUCAAAGAAACACAAAGCUGGCCGUUCCAGUUGCUGCGACAUUGCGACCUGGAACAUGUCACGGGGAAGUCUUCGUGGCUCGAUCGAAUCCGAAAACGACCACAAAAGCCCACCUCCGAGGGAGGCACCAAAACAGCAUUCAACAUCAACAUUGCCAACAAGGUCCACAAGCAGUGCGGCCAAAUGAAGACCCAGAUGCAGCAAUGGGACAUUAAACACCUCCAGAAUGUUACAGGCAAGCUUCUUACCAACGGAAGCUUUACCUCGGACGCCUCUUCGGUACUCAUCACACUUGUGCUCAGAAUCCUUUCACGAUACUCGGAACUGGAGGAACAGCUGGAUCUGGCAAUGUCACGUGCCACCCUCAUUAAGAUCAACUACGAGCUCACAGAGAAGCUCAGCAAGGAGCUCGAGAACCAGGGAGAAGAGGAGGACGAAAUAAACCCUCUGCUUGUGGCCUACAGAUCGUUCGUCAAGCAACUGCUCUCCGAGCUGGACACUGAUAGCGACAACAGACAAGAUCUGCUGCAGGUUGUCAAGGACCUCGAGGACAUGUACAAGCAGUACGCCGCCUCCACUCCCAAAAAAUCCUCUCCUCGAAAGAAGUCCUCUACUUCGAGAUUCCCCACUCCUUCAACUCCCAAGCGAGAGGCCUCGGACCCCUUCGAUUACAUGGACUCUCCCACUCACACACAGACGGAAUCUUUCUCGUCUAUGAGCAACUCGGUUAACUCCCUAUUCUCUUCUACAUCGAAAGCAUCCUCCACUGUCAGUGACGAGCUUCCUAACCUCCUGCAUGCAUUUGACAUGGAAUACGUGAAGCAGCAGCGACAGCGACGAGAGCUGGACGGCGUUGGAAUGUCGUCCCCACAGUCCAUGACCUCUUCCAUCUCCUCCAAGUCGCUCUCUUCUUCCAAGUCAUUCUCCAAGCUCAACCCCACACACUCUUCACCUCUGGUGGCGGCAUCUCCUCUUCAGACUUCGCAUAUUGCCCCAAUGCCCAAUUCUUCACCUGCACCCUCGCAUCUUGACGUCCAGAUGAUCAACAACCGAAUGAUGGUCAAAACCGCUUCUGGUUACCAGGACAUGCAGGAGUGGGUCAUGAAGCAGAACCAGGAGGCUGCUCUUCGAACCACACAGCCCGCCGUGAAGAGCGCUUCGGACUACAUUGUCACGGUUCCCAAGGAAUCUGUUCCUCGAACCCUUCCUUCUACAGGCACUUCUUUCCUCUCCAACAUCUUCGGAAACCGGCCUCUGGCUCCCCCCGUUCCUCUUGAAAAGAAGGAACUGCCUAAGCCCCAGCCUUCCGUCGGCCCUACUACCUCUCUCCUAGCCAAGAGUCUUUCUGAGAAGCACUCUACCUUCCAGCAAUCUGCAUUUGAGACCUCUUACCGACAGGAGAUGAACGAUUUUGAGUAG